CGGCGGCGGCGGCGGCGGCGCUUCCCCGGCGCGCGGAGCGGCUUUAAAAGGCGGCACCCCGCCCCCCCGGCGCACUCACCGCUCGGGCGCCCGCCGCGGAGCCUGCCUGCCGCUGCCAUGCCUCCGCGCGCGCCGCCUGCGCCCGGGCCCCGCGCCGCCGCCGCCGCCGAGGACGCGGGGGACGCCGACCGGCCCGCGCCCCGGCCGCUGGCGCUGCGCCCCUGGAAGUGGCUGCUGCUGCUGGCGCUGCCCGCCGCCUGCUCCGCGCCGCCGCCGCCGCGCCCCGUCUACACCAACCACUGGGCAGUGCAAGUGCUGGGCGGCCCGGCGCAGGCGGACCGCGUGGCCCAGGCGCACGGCUACCUCAACUUGGGCCAGAUCGGAAACCUGGAAAACUACUACCACUUUUAUCACAGCAAGACCUUCAAGAGGUCGACCUUCAGUAGCAGAGGCCCUCACACCUUCCUCCGAAUGGACCCCCAGGUGAAAUGGCUCCAGCAACAGGAAGUCAAACGCAGGGUGAAGAGGCUGGUGCGCAGUGAUCCCCAGGCCCUUUACUUCAACGACCCCAUUUGGCCCAGCAUGUGGUACCUGCACUGCGGGGACAAGCACAGCCGCUGCCGCUCGGAGAUGAACGUGCAGGCGGCAUGGAAGAGAGGCUACACGGGGAAGAACGUGGUGGUCACCAUCUUGGAUGACGGCAUCGAGAGGAACCACCCGGACCUGGCCCCCAAUUACGAUUCCUACGCAAGUUACGACGUCAAUGGAAAUGAUUAUGACCCAUCGCCACGCUACGAUGCCAGCAACGAAAACAAGCAUGGCACGCGCUGCGCAGGCGAAGUGGCGGCCUCCGCCAACAACUCCUACUGCAUCGUGGGCAUCGCGUACAACGCGAAGAUCGGAGGCAUCCGCAUGCUGGACGGGGACGUGACCGACGUGGUGGAGGCCAAGUCGCUGGGCGUCCGGCCCAACUACAUCGACAUUUACAGCGCGAGCUGGGGGCCCGACGACGACGGGAAGACGGUGGACGGCCCGGGCCGGCUGGCCAAGCAGGCCUUCGAGUACGGCAUUAAAAAGGGCCGGCAGGGCUUGGGCUCCAUCUUCGUCUGGGCCUCGGGGAACGGCGGGCGAGAGGGGGACCACUGCUCCUGCGACGGCUACACCAACAGCAUCUACACCAUCUCCGUGAGCAGUACCACGGAGAACGGCUACAAGCCCUGGUACCUGGAGGAGUGCCCGUCCACGCUGGCCACCACCUACAGCAGCGGCGCCUUCUACGAGCGGAAGAUCGUCACCACGGACCUGCGUCAGCGCUGCACGGACGGGCACACGGGCACCUCGGUCUCGGCCCCCAUGGUGGCGGGGAUCAUCGCCCUGGCGUUAGAAGCAAACAGCCAGCUCACCUGGCGCGAUGUGCAGCAUCUGCUGGUGAAGACUUCCCGGCCGGCCCACCUGAAGGCGAAUGACUGGAAGGUCAACGGGGCCGGCCACAAAGUCAGCCAUCUGUACGGGUUCGGCCUGGUGGACGCGGAAGCCCUGGUCCUGCAGGCGAAGAAGUGGACGGCGGUGCCCUCGCAGCACACCUGCAUCGCCUUCACCGACAAGAGGCCCAGGAGCAUCCCCGUGGUGCAGACGCUGCGGACCACGGCCCUGACCACCGCCUGCGCCGACCACUCCGACCAGCGGGUGGGCUACCUGGAGCACGUGGUGGCCCGCAUCUCCAUCUCGCACCCGCGCCGCGGGGACCUGCAGAUCCACCUCAUCUCCCCCUCGGGGACCAAGUCCCAGCUGUUGGCGAAGAGGCUGCUGGACCAUUCCAACGAAGGGUUUUCCAACUGGGAGUUCAUGACGGUGCACAGCUGGGGAGAGAAGGCCGAGGGGGAGUGGACGCUGGAGAUCCAGGACAUGCCGUCGCAGGUCCGCAACCCGGGGAGGCAAGGGAAGCUGAAGGAGUGGAGCCUCGUCCUGUACGGCACGGCCGAGCACCCCUACCACACCUUCAGCGCGCACCAGGCCCGCGCCCGCGUGCUGGAGCUGUCCACGCCCGCGCAGGAGCCGCCCAAGGCCGCCCGGCCGCCCGCCCCGGCCGAGGGCCCGGAGGACGAGGAGGACUACACAGCUCGGUCCUCCCAGGGCCCUCCUAGCGUUUCUCAGACCAGCAUGUGCCACCCGGAGUGUGGGGACCAGGGCUGUGACGGCCCCGGCGCGGAUCAGUGCCUCAACUGUGUGCACUUCAGCCUGGGCAACGCCAAGACCGGCAGGAAGUGCGUGAGCGAGUGCCCCCUGGGCUACUUCGGGGACGCGGCCGCCAGACGCUGCCGCCGGUGCCACAGGGGCUGCGAGACCUGCUCGGGCCGGAGCCCCACCCAGUGCCUGUCCUGCCGCCGCGGCUUCUUCCACCACCAGGAGACGAGCACCUGCGUGAACCCCUGCCCCGCCGGGUUCUACGCGUCGGACAGCCAGAGAAAAUGCCUGAAGUGCCACCCCAGCUGUCAGAAGUGCGUUGACGACCCCGAGAAAUGCACCGUCUGCAAGGAGGGGUUCAGCCUCGCUCGGGGCAGCUGCAUUCCCGACUGCGAGCCGGGGACCUACUUCGACUCGGAGCUGGUCCGAUGCGGGCAGUGCCACCCCACCUGCAAGACCUGCGUGGGCCCCAGCAGGGAGGAAUGCAUCCACUGCGCCAGCAACCUCCACUUCCAGGACUGGAAGUGUGUGCCCGCCUGCGGCGAGGGCUUCUACCCCGAGGCCAUGCCCGGGCUGCCGCACCGAGUCUGCCGGAGGUGCGACGAGAACUGCCUGAGCUGCGAGGGCUCCAGCCGGAACUGCAGCCGCUGCAAAGCGGGCCUCACGCAGCUGGGCGCCUCGUGCGUCGCCAACCACACCUGCAGCAACGCGGACGAGACCUUCUGCGAGAUGGUGAAGUCCCAGCGGCUGUGUGAGCGCAAGCUCUUCAUUCAGUUCUGCUGCCGCACGUGCCUGCGGGCCGGGUAGGGGCGGGCCGGCCGCUCCAGUCCGUCCGUCCGUCCGUCCGUCCGUCCGACCGCCCGUCUGCAGACUGAGGGCCAGAGCCCGUUUCCGGGGCGGCGCCCGCCUCUGACAGCUUCACCUCCCGCGGGGCCAGGGCCUGCAGGGCGCGCUGCCGGCCUGGAGGGUGGCGGCCCCCAGGGGUGUCCCUACGGCAACGUCCCUCCAACUCUGCCCGCCGGCCGCCUCCCUCGGGGACCCCGAUGGGCACCCCGGGCUCUGCCUGGGACCCCCCACGUUUACUGAAUCUUCAGACCAAAGCGAACGGCACGCACGUGGCCUCCCCGUCGCUUCUCACCGGGCUUCGAGCAUCUCCAAGGUCAACCUCAGCCGGCCGCCGUGGAGGCCGGUUUGGGGGCGUGAACUCGGGGCCCUGGGGCGGGUGGGGGGGUCUAUUUCUGCAACGUCCGUGGCUUUUGAAAUGGCCGCGACGCCCCAGAAAGUCAGCCCACAGCCCCGAGGGGAAGGGGCUGCCCGUCCCGGGUCUCGGGGUCCCCCGGCCCCAAUGCCCGCCACCCCCCCCCCUUUCCCAACGCAGAGUCUUCCGAGCAGGGUCCCCGGUAGCGAGCCCGCGGGGCCAGCGGGAGCUCCUGCUGCCAAACCUGUGUGGGGCCGGCGGUCGUCAGCUGCCUGUUCCGGUUCUCCCCGAGGGGCGUCCUGUACGCAGGGGGCGCCUCUGUUUCCCAGGAAAUGCACAGAUCGGCUCCCGGGACGGGAGUAACCUUUGCCUUAAACUCUCUCUCGAGCUUGGGCGUCCCCGUUGUGUCCAGCUCCCCCCUCGGACCAUCCCGCAGCCCACGUGUCCCUGGGAGCUGGGCCCCCCGCAGGGGUGGAUCGAACCCAUGACGGCGAGGAAGACGCCCUCAGAGCAAAUGCAGUGCUGACCCUAAGUUAAUAAAGAAGUUAACAGCCCCCUG